AUGGGUUUAAAGAUACAUGUAUACGUAAAAUCUUUGGUGUUAUUCUUUUUCGAUGCGAGUGGAGCUCAGUCCAAUACUUUUGAUGUGCGAAAAUAUGGUGCCAGAGCGGACGCGAGGUCAGAUACUAGUAAGGCUCUAUGGAGUGCAUGGAAAGAGGCUUGCGCAGCAGUGGGUUCUAGCAAAAUUAUGAUACCAAAAGGGACAUAUUUACUAGGCGUAGUGGAUUUAAAAGGUCCAUGCAAGGGUGCCAUGCAUCUUGAAGUUCAAGGAACCUUUAUAGCGCCAACAAGCCCUAACGCGCACAAUAAGGCUAGUUGGAUUACCUUUGCCUACAUCGAUCGAUUAACAUUAUCCGGUGGUGGGACAUUCGAUGGACGAGGAGAAAUUGCUUGGAAGCAAAAUAACUGUGGCCAAAAACCAAAAUGCAAAUCACUUCCAAUUAGUUUAAGGUUCGAUUUCGUCACCAAUAGCAUAGUUCGAGACGUAACUUCCUGGACAGCAAGAAUUUCCAUGUCAAUGUUAUGGGGAGCGAAAACGUUACCUUCCAUCACUUUACAGUCAUUGCACCGGGACAUAGCAUCAACACAGAUGGAAUUCACAUUGGACGAUCAAAGAGGAUCAAUAUCAUUGAUUCAGACAUUAUCACCGGUGAUGAUUGCAUCUUAA